AUGGAAAAUAUUGAAAAGGUUCUGAACAGCAACAAAAACUUAUCCAUUGAUGAAAGCUUUUACAUUUCCAUAGGCUCCAUCGAAUUACCUAAAGGAGGAGCAAGGCGAAGAAUUACAAAACUAAAAGGAAAAAAUAAUUCAUUAAAGUUGAAAACCUCAAUAGUGACCAUCGAAAAUGAUGACCAAAUGUGUAUGGCGAGGGCAAUCGGGGUGAGUUGGGCGAAACUUAAUAGAUGUACACCGGAAGAAUGGAAAGACAUUGUUGAAAAACGCCAAAAGAAAUCAAAUUUACAACUUUUACUAGAAAACCAUAAAGUGCCAGAAAGUUACUACAAGAAGCUCAGAGAAAAGAAAAGAGAUGAACAGAGACAAUUAGCGGUAGCCAUCAGCCAAUUAGCCGGAGUACCUUUAGAUCGUCCCGCCAGUUUAAAUGACAUAGAGGCGUUUGAAAAAGUGUUGGGAGUGCGCGUGAUGGUGGUAAGUGCAAGACUAGGCAACAAGUUUAUUACCAGCCCUAGUCAGGACGAGCGUCCAUGUAUUUACCUGUACCUUGUGGACGACGACCACUUUCACGCCAUUACCAGCAUAACUGGCUUCUUCAGCGCAAUGUAUUUCUGCGACCAAUGCCUCAAACACUACAACAACAGAGAACGGCACCAGUGUGAGACCUCAUGUAUUGUUUGUAAGACGGACAACUGCCCAGAAACAGACAACACAGUCAAGUGCACAGACUGUAACAUGACCUGCAGAUCAGACAAAUGUUUUAAACAACAUAAAACAGUACCAGUACAUAGAAAAGGAAAAUGUAAAGGAAAACCCAGCGGACUAUCACAGUGUCAAAAAUAUUGGAAAUGCCCUACCUGUUAUAAAGUAUUAAGAACCGAUAAAAGGAAGAAUGAAGACCAUGAGUGUGGAGAAUACCUGUGUACGUCAUGCGAACAAUAUGUAAUGGAAGGACAUUUAUGUUAUUUGAGAGCCACACCAGCCAAGGAACAUUAUAAUUCUAAAUUUAUAUUUUUUGAUUUUGAAUGUAGUCAAGAUAAAGUGUCAGAGUGUGAAAAUGGAUAUGUAGCGAGUAGAAAACGAGAUUGUAAAGACUGUCAAUCACAAGAGGUAUGUAAAUCUUGCUUUAAAUGUCAACAUUGUAAAUCAUCUUGGUGCGGAAAAGCCACCCACCGUCCCAAUUUUGUAGUAGCACAUACUGUGUGUCCAAAAUGUAUCGAUAAACCAUUGACCCCCGAAUCAAUAUGUAAAAAAUGUGGUUCACGGUGCGACGAAUGUGACAACUCUGAGCUACAUGAUAAUGAAGACCCAGGACCGUGUCCGGGUAAAUGUGGAUUCAGAGAAGUCACGUUCGAAGGAGCCGACACUGCAGAAAAAUUUGGCGAAUGGUUAUUUUCCUCCCAGCACGAAUAUUUCAAAGUAUUUGCUCAUAAUAUGAAAGGUUACGACGGUUAUUUUCUGUUAGAGUACUUAAUAGACCAAUCCAUGAGACCGGACAAGAUUAUUUACAGUGGCUCCAAAAUUAUGUAUAUGACAAUAGAGUCAGAUUUACAUAUCAAAGUGAUUGACAGUUUGAAUUUUUUACCCAUGAAAUUGUCCGCCCUCCCUAAAGCUUUUGGAUUGACUGAAUUAAAGAAAGGUUGGUUUCCCCAUUACUUUAAUACUAGCGAGAAUCAGAAUUAUGUAGGCCCGUACCCAGAUGCUCAGUGUUAUGGUCAUGAUUUUAUGAGUGAGAAAGAGAGAGCUGAAUUGUUAGUGUGGUUGAGUGAGAGAAAGGACGACGUGUUUGACUUUAGAAAAGAAAUAUUAGAUUAUUGUAGGAGUGAUGUACAAAUUUUAAGACAAGCGUGUUUGAAAUUUAGAGAGUUGUUAAUGAGUGCUACGGGCGAAAGAAUAGAGAAGGUGAACGAAAAAGGAAAGAAAGAAAAAACGUGGGUCGGAGCCGUGGAUCCAUUCGAUUCCGUGACCAUAGCUUCCGUUUGCAUGAAUGUCUUUAGAACAAAAUUUUUAGAAGAAGAAUGGAAAGUAAAAUUAGAGGGCAGUGAUGAUUGGAUACCUUCAAAAUUAAUAGACGGAAAGCUUUAUGUGUUGCGCGGAAACGAAUGGAUCCUCGAAACCAAACUCACGGGUAAGAAAGUAACUGAGACAGAAUUUGUAAGGACACCCAUAGCGAAAAUUCCUCCUAGUGGUUAUAAUGAUCAAUAUAGCGAAGCGUCCAUACAAUGGUUAGAAUGGGUGGCGUGUACAGAAAACGUCAAAAUUCAGCAUGCUUUAAAUAAGGGAGAGAAAUCUUUACCGGGAACACGUUACAAAUUAGACGGUUACUGUGAAGAAACAAACACGGCCUAUGAGUACCAUGGUUGUAUUUUUCAUGGUUGCCUUGAUUGUUUCACAGAUAACCGAGAAGAAACGCGCCACCCACUCACCAACCAAUCAUUAGAUGAAUUGUAUGCGUUAACAAUGAAAAAGAAAGCUUACAUUCAACAGUUAGGCAUGAAAUACGUUUGCAUUUGGGACCACGAAUUCAAAAAACAAAAGAUUCAAAAUACUGAACUGAAACAAUUCGUAGAAAGCUUAGAUAUAAUUGAUAGGUUAGACCCGAGGGAAAGUUUCUUCGGGGGUCGCACCAAUGCCAGUCAACUUUAUUACAAAACAGACGAACAUGAAAAUAUCAAGUACGUGGAUUUCACGAGCUUGUAUCCAUGGGUAAAUAAGUAUUGUCAAUAUCCCGUAGGUCACCCCACCAUCAUAACCAAAGAUUUUAAAGAUAUCAAGAGCUAUUUCGGUAUAGCUAAGGUUAAAAUACUACCACCUAGAGGAUUAUACCAUCCCGUGCUACCGUAUCGCUCAAAUAACAAGUUGAAAUUUCCUCUAUGUAGGGCCUGCGCCGAUACUGAAAAUCAAAACCCAUGCGCAUGUUCAGAACAAGAAAGAGAGUUGACUGGUACGUGGUGUACUCCGGAGAUUCAAACGGCCGUUAAAUUAGGAUAUCGAAUUAAAAAGAUUUACGAAGUAUACCACUGGGAGGAAUCCACACAAUAUGACCCAAAAACCAGAUCAGGGGGACUGUUUGCCAAUUACAUAAACACAUUUUUAAAGUUUAAGCAAGAGGCAAGCGGUUCUCCUGACUGGAUACACAAUGAGCAAGACAUGACAAAUUAUGUGUCUCAAUACUUACAGAAAGAGGGAGUUUCAUUGGAUCGGGCAAACAUCUCGAAGAACCCGGGUUUGAGAGCUCUGGCUAAAUUAUGUCUCAAUAGUUUUUGGGGCAAGUUUGGUCAGAGACUCAAUAUGCGCCAGACAGAGUUCUUUCACGAACUACAGGCCAACCUGUUCUUUCAGUUGUUUGCCGAUCCGACGAAAGAACCUCUGAAUUUUCACAUACUGACGAAUGAUAUGAUUCAAAUAGAAUGGCAAUAUAAACAAGACUGCCAACCCGAAGAUAAUAAAACGAACAUAUACUUAGCUACAUUUACUACAUGCUGGGCAAGACUCAAACUCUACAGUGUGCUCGAAAAGCUCGAUAGACGAGUGUUGUAUUACGAUACGGACAGCGUCAUUUAUGUGAGUCGCCCUGGACAGUAUGAUCCGCCAUUAGGAGAUUACUUGGGUGAACUCACGGAUGAGCUGAGUGGAGGGGAGCAUAUUGUAGAAUUUGUGUCGGGUGGUCCUAAAAAUUAUGCUUAUAGAACUAAUAAAAACAACGAAACUUGUAAAGUUAGGGGUUUUACAUUAAAUUAUAAAAAUAGCCAACUUAUCAACUUUGAAAGUGUGAAAGAAAUAGUUACAGAUGGAGAAAGUGAUAAAAGUAUAAUUGUAACCAACCCUAGUAAAAUUUGUAGAGAUAAAAGAAAAAGAAAAUUGUAUAAUAGAGAAGAAAAGAAAAGUUACCAGAUGGUGUAUACCAAACGUAGAAGAAUUGAACAAUUUGAUACUGUACCAUACGGAUAUUAG